UGGCGCGCUACUUGUAGAUUUGUCCGAGGAGUUUGAGAAACUACUCUCUGAAACAAACAUCUUACUUUGCUUACAGAAGAGUUCUUAACUUAACAACACCAGUUGCUGAACACGAUACAAGCAGAGUAGCCAUAUUUGAACAUUUGGGCCGACCCUUCACCUGUAAGCUGUCUGAUGGUGUAUUGGCUUGCUCAGAAUGAAUUGCGAACUUUUGGCAACGUGCAGUGCUCUUGGUUAUCUGGAAGGAGACACCUAUCACAAGGAAGCUGAUUGCUUAGAGAGUGUCAAAGACUUGAUCAGGUAUCUACGGCAUGAAGAUGACACCCGUGACGUCCGUCAGCAGCUGGGAGCCGGCCAGAUUGUACAAAAUGACAUCCUGCCAAUUAUUAUUCAACAUGGACAAGAUAAGGCCUUAUUUGAUGCCUGCAUUAGGCUCAUGGUCAACCUCACUCAGCCUGCCAUGCUUUGCUUUGGGAAAGUCCCAGAUGACCCCGUGUUUAGGCAUCACUUUUUGCAAGUGACAUCUCAUUUGCAGGCCUAUAAAGAGGCGUUUUCCAGUGAGAAAGUUUUUGGCAUUUUAAGUGAAAUAUUAUACAACCUUCUACAACUGGACUGGGAUCAGAGGCAGGAGGAGGAUAACCUGCUGAUAGAGAGGAUCCUGCUGCUGGUUAGGAACGUGCUUCAUGUACCAGCAGACCCCUGUGAAGAGAAGAAAGUGGACGAUGAUGCAAGCGUUCAUGAUCGGCUGCUGUGGGCCAUUCACAUGAGCGGCUUCGAUGACUUGGUCAAGUUCCUGGCGUCGGCUCAGACUGAGCAGCAGUGGAGUAUGCACGUGUUGGAGAUCAUUUCCCUCAUGUUUAGAGACCAGACGCCAGAAGCUUUGGUGAGCGCCGGUCAGGCUCGUUCAGCAGAAGAGAAACACAGAGACUCUCAGGAGCUGGAGGCAUUGAGGCAGAAGGAGCUCGCGGAAAAACACUCUCGUACCUUACAAAGAGGAACCAGACACUCUCGCUUUGGAGGCUCGUAUGUUGUUCAAGGGCUGAAGUCAAUUGGGGACAAAGAUGUGAUUUAUCACAGAAACCUUCAUAAUUUCAAGAAUUACACUCACGACACAGGCAAAGCAGUAAGACGUGUUCCUAAGAGGAAUCGACAGGCUCAGGAGGGUAAAGACAAACGCCGUUCAGCUUUGAAUGUUCGACUCCUCCUGCGAGAGUUUUGUGUGGACUUCUUGGAGAACUGCUACAAUCAUCUCAUGUACCUUGUCAAGGAAAGUCUCAUUCGAGAGCAAACUCAGCAACACGAUGAAACGUACUACCUCUGGGCGCUCAGCUUUUUCAUGGCCUUCAAUCGUGGCAACGGUUUUCGGGCUGACUUAGUCUCUGAGACAGUGUCCAUCCGUGCUUUUCAUUUUAUGGAGCGAAACAUCACCAACUACUAUGAGAUGAUUCUCACAGAUCGCAAAGAGGCGACAUCCUGGUCACGCAGGAUGCACCUGGCACUAAAGGCAUACCAGGAACUGCUGCUGACUGUGAACGAGAUGGACCGCUCCCAGGAUGGAAGCAUCCGUCAGAGUGCCAACGUUAUAAAAAGUAACAUAUUUUACCUGAUGGAAUACAGGGAGAUUUUCCUGACUCUCCUGAGGAAGUAUGACGAAACCAGACAGCCUCAGUCCUACCUCAAAGAUUUGGUAGAGUCAACUCAUCUCUUCUUGCGCAUGUUAGAGCGCUUCUGCAAAGGUCGCAGAAACCUGAUGGUUCAGAGGAAAAAGGUGAGGCGCAAAAGGUCUCAGCGUGGAAGAAAGCCAGCUACAGAAACUAGUCCAGAAGCCCUCGAAGAGACCUGGAAGAUUGUAGAGGAGGAGCUGAAGGCCGCCAGUUAUCAGCUGUCAGGGUCGUUGACAGAAAGCAUCGUGCCAUUUGAUGCCACAUCUGAAACUCCACUUGAGGAGCAGAGGACUGAGGCCAUGGUGCGGGUGCAGGAUGCCCUCCUGGCUCGACUGGGACCAGAAGCACUGGGACUGCUGCGUGCUGCCAGGGAGGUGUGGCCUGAGGGUGAUGUGUUUGGCUCUGUCGAUGUGGAGCCUGAAGAGGAACUGGAGCUCCUUAAGCAAAUCCUGCAUGCCAACCUGCCAAGGUCGUCUCCUCUUGAGCCUGCAGCAGAGGAGGUUGAUGAUGAUGAUGAUGCAGUGGAGUUAGAGGAGGAAGAGUUGGAGAAUAUUCAGGUUUCUGAAAAGGAGUUUAACUUUCUAGACUUUAUCAAGAGGUUUGCCAGUCCUGGUAUUGUGCGUCCAUACCUCCUCUUAUUGAAAUCCUAUUCAAAAAACACACCUCACACAAACCACUGCAUCGCUCGGAUGCUGCACCGCCUGGCCGUCGACCUGAAAAUGGACGCCCUGCUUUUCCAGCUGUCAGUAUUCAACCUUUUCAACAAGAUCCUCAGUGACCCCGCCGCAGCUGCUUACAAGGAGCUGAUGACCUUUGCCAAGUUUGUGCUGAACAAGUUCUUUGCAGUGGCAGCGAAAAACAACAAGGCAUAUGUUGAACUUCUCUUCUGGAAGAAUGUCGGGGCCGUACGAGAGAUGACCGAAGGCUACAGCCACGAUGGAGAGGGAAAGAAACCAUCAUGGACCGAAGAGGAGGAAGAGGAGUUGAGGAAGCUCUACGAGGAGCAUCGUCAUUCUGAGGUGCCAGAUAUAGUGGAGACCCUAUUGCCAUUACUCAACAACAGCAGCCGCACUCGACGCCAGGUAGUGACACAGCUGGUGCAUAUGGGACUGGUGGACAAUGCUAAAGAACUGAAGAAACAGAAGAUAGGUACCCGGAUUGUUCUUUGGACCGAGGAGCAGGAGCAAGAGCUUCAAAUGCUCUUUGAGGAGUACAAAGACUCUGACGAUGUGCUGGGUAACAUCCUGAAGAAGCUCACAGCUAAGCGGUCUCGCGCACGUGUGGUUGACAAACUGCUCAGUUUGGGUUUGGUGUCUGAGAGACGAGAACUUUAUAAGAAGAGGAGCCGCAGCGCUCAAGGGAAGAGAUCUGGAGCAGCAAUGACUGAAGAAGAGUUCCUCGAAAGUCUAACACAGGGUUUCCCGGAUGAUCCCGUGGAAAGAGAUAAUGAAGAUGAUGGAGAGGAUGAGUCUGACGAGAGUGAGGAAGAUGAGGAGGAAGAAGAAAAAAGAGAAACGUCACUAAAUGAAGGAAGACGGACUCAAACCCUGCACUCGCCAGUAGAAAAGAGAGCUGACGUAGGCAACAUGGUGUGGGCUCUGCAACAGGAAGGGAUGUCUGGGCCCAUGUUGUGGCUGCAGAAUUGUCUUAACAGAACAGCAGGUGACCGUGAAAAAGAUGGUUUGUCACAGCCUGUUGCACUUGUUCCUCUUACUGAGGAAAACGAAGACGCCAUGGACAACAAGAGCUUCAGGAAGCUGUUGCGCAAACUGGGAAUGCGAGCACCUGCAAAUGAACAGGAGUCUUUUUGGAGGAUCCCUGAAACAAUAAGUGAGUCACAGCUCAGAAGUGCAGCUGCAGCCCUGAGUCCGAAAGAAGAAGAACCCAGAGGAGACGAGGAGCAAAACAAUUCACAGACGCCAACUGAAGAAACUCACGAGGAGGGGCAGGGGCUGGAUGAGGAUGAGGAUGAGGUCUCAGGUGAACGCAGAGCUCAGGCUCUGAGAGCUCUGCUGCUCACACGCAAGAGGAAACACCACACCUCCGAGCAGACAGAAUCCACUCCUGUUGAGGAUGCACAAAGUACACCUGAGAGAUCCCAAGAGAAGACCUCAACUAAAAGAAGCCGAGUUUUGGACGAUGAAAUGACUCCUCUGAUGCAAUGGAUACAGAGACCAAUGGCGCUGCAGAAUCAGACGGGGAGGAUGUCUCUGUUCCUGUCAAGCGCAGACGCAAGAUGGUCUUAAUCGAUGACGAGGAAGAUGAGGAUUAGAGGAUUCCUUUAAUGGACUAUUAAAACUGCAGACAGGGGAGACAUAAAAAGUGCAUACAGCCCUCUGGAGGAAACUGUUAAUGGAAAACCACAUUGGCCCCCAUGGAUGAAUAGAUCCUAUUAAGCAAUUUUUUUUUGACAUCCGUUUCAAGAGCAGUAGAUUGAUGUUUUCAUGUUUUUGUUACAAGUUCUUCUCCAAGCAUUUCCAGAAUGGUCAUAAUGUACAUAUGUUUGCUGUUUGAUCACGUUUACAACUCACAUCUUCCAUUAUAACUCAAUAAUUUCAAUGUUCUGAAAGCUGUUGGUUAAUCAUGCCACUGUUUUGGUAAAAUGAUAUCCAUACAACAGUUUUUAUGAGCUGAUCAUUUCUCAGUUGACUUUUUCUUUCUUUACAGAAAACAGCUUCUGGUUAGUAUUGAUUAAAAAAAGAGACACUGUU